GAACGGACGUUUUAUUCGAACAGUUGUGUGGCGGUCGUCAGAAAGCUCGCACGUGCGAACGCGUCGUCGCUACGUCAAAGUUCGCCUUCCCAUUCAGAAGCACAAAACAACAAAAACGACAACAAAAAUCAUUCAAAAUAAGAAAAAAGCAGAAACAAAACGCCGUGUAUAUCGUGUGUGUGAGUGUUUAAAGAGUAUAAAGAGCGAAAUACGAAAUAAAAAUAUUCAAUAAUAACGACAAAUCGUUAAGAAUGCAAAAAUAUUUGCAAGCACAACAAGCAUAUUAUUAAAAGAAGCGCAAAUAAGAAUAAAAGCAAUACAAAAAAAGAGUUUAUAAAUAGUGCACAAACAAGGCGGCAGCAGCAGCCGCAUUAAGAAUUUGUCAGGCAGCGGCGGCGUUUUUUUUUGCUUGCGUGUGUCUGUCUCCCUUCCUCCUUCACUCAGUCCAUGCUGUAUCUGUGUGCGUGAAUGCAAGUGUUCGUGUGUGCGUGGCGUGCCUUGCAUUAGUGUGCGUGCGACUGACUGUGCGUAUACGUGUGCGUGUGUUGGUGUCCGGCCGGUGUGCGUCUGUCUGCGUGUGUGUUUGUGUGCGUCUGCUGCCGGCCUUCGUCUUCAGCCGCAGCCGCAGCGACGUCUCGUCGGUUUCGUCUCGUUUGCCGCCGUCUCUCUGACGUCGUCGCCGUCGCCAUCGUCGUCGUGUGGCUGGCUUUUGCACCGUUAAGAAUUGCGAAUUGCGAGAAAUUCAAAUGCGAGGAAAUUCUAUUUGUUGUGCACCAAAAAGUGGCAAUUAAUUUAUGGCAACCAUUUUAAUAAGUGCAUAGAAAGAAAGACAAAUUUACAAAUACGUUUUGCUGUUGCAACGUCAACGUCGACGCCAACGCCGACGCGGGCAGAGCGCAACACGCGCGCCUAACAGUCGAGUAUAAAAAGCUCUCACGCUUAAGAGAGAAAGAGCGCAGCAGCAGCCCCAGCGCAUCGCCGUCGGCAAAUGUGCGAAAAUCAAAGAUGACAAAAGUGCCAAAAAAUUGUUAAUAUGUAUUCUUCUUAAUAAGCAGCAUAAUUGAGAACCCAAACAUGUUGUCGCCAACAACAACAACCACAUCACACUGAUAGAAACUUAAAAGAUUAAAGAAAGCAAAAAGCAAAAAAGAGUGACUGCAAUAACAACAACAACAAAAGAGUAGUGUCUAUCGAUAACCCGAUAUACGAUGACCGAAUACGUGACGCCAAUGAUCAGCAGCGUGCUGAAAAAGUAUCAAACUAGCGCAACGAAAAGUUUGCAAGGACCGGCGGUGGCCCUAAUCAAAAAGGAAAUACUCAGCUCCCCCGAGCCCCAUGAACUCCACAGUCAUCAUCAUCAGCAGCCCGUCAUUCGAGGGGCCGGUGCUCAACCAGGAGGCGUGGGCAACGGCAGCAGCGAACGCACACAAAUCUAUGCAGCGCCGCUGCCGCUGCCACCUGAACUAUCGCAACCGAUACUAUCGCAACCAGAUUCGGGAUGCGGCGAAUUGUACGAGACACGCUUGGAGGGCAAAACAAUUGGUUGCUUCUCACUGGGUGGUGAGAUGCGUUUGUGUUUGCCGCAAUUCCUCAACAAUGUGUUGAACGAUUUUACACUGGAGGAAAUCAAUCGGAUCUUCGAUGAGCUGGGCAUCUAUUGUUCACAAUGCACACCUGAUCAGCUUGUCGAGUUCAAGGCUGCCAAAAUUCUGCCAUCAGAUGUCAAGGCGAGUGGCUUGAUCACACGCACAGAUGCAGAACGUUUGUGUGCUGCCAUGCUGCAGAAUUCGGAUCGCAACAGUUAUGUGUCCGUGGAGUGUUUGCCAAAGGGUGCGUUGAGCUUUCAGGUCUAUCACAAGUGCUUUGGCAAAUGCGAGGGCAUCUGUACGCCGGAUAUGUAUUCGUAUCAGAAGCCCACGUGCAUCAAGUGCCUGGAGUGUGAUGGUUGGUUUUCACCCCAGAAAUUUGUGGGUCAUGUGCAUCGUAAGUCGGAGAAUCGCACCUGUCAUUGGGGCUUCGAUUCGCGCAAUUGGCAUGAUUAUCUGCAUGUGGCGUUGGAUGUGGAGAAUCGCGAGAAAUAUCAACGCAUCUUGGAUCAGCUUAAGGAGGUGGAGCUCAAGGAGAUGCACAAGGCGCAGUGUGAAUUGGAUCACAAGAAACGCAAGCAGGCGGAAAUUAUGAUGGAGGACGUAUUGCUGCCACUGGGUUUGGUGGCGCCGCCGCCGCCAUCGCAUCAGACGCUGCCCGCCAGCCUCAAGCAUCACGCACACCAUCAGCAUCAGCACCAGCAUCCGCAUCAUCCCCAUCAGCAUCCACAUCAUGCGCAUCAGCAUCACCAUCAGCGAGGCGCUGCCGCUGCGGUUGUGGCUGCCGCUGAGCUGCUGGAGAAUCCCAGCAAGAAGCACAAGGCGGCUGCGUUGAGUGCACUGCAUCCGCUGGACAUCCAGGGCUACCACCUGAUGUAUCACUGCAUACAGCAGCAGCAUCUGGAGCGUGAACGCGAGCGGGAUCGGGAGCGAGAACGCGAACGAGAACGCGAGCGGGAACGGGAGCGAGAACGUGUGGUGGCCAGCAGUGCGUUCCAACCCUGGAGAUCAGGUGGCAAGCCAACGCCAGCGGUGUGGCACAGUGCAUACAAUGCGCUCUCAACGUUGCCCUACGCCUGCCAGGAGCCACCGGAGCUGCAGAAUCCGGAGCGUGUGGUGCGCAGCACGGAUCGCGAGCGUUUCGAGCGCACCUAUCAGCCGAAUGUGGCGCUGGCGCCGCGCAAGAGCAUACUGAGCAAGGAGCGCGACAAGGAGCGGGAGCUGGAGCGUGAACUGGAGCGACAGCAGCGUCUGCGGCAGCAGGAGCAGCAACAGCAGCAGCAACAGGAGCAACAGCAGCGUGGCGAGCUGCAGCUGCACAUCAAACAGGAGCGCGCUUCGACGCCGCCGCCAAACUCGGCGGAGUCGCAGAGCAAUGGCAGCAGCAGCAGCAACCACAGCAACCACAGCAGCCACAGCUCGAACAGCAGCUCGCCGAUGCCCAACAAGCCAUCGCUUCCUCCACCCCCCGCCGUCGUCACCGCCGCCGCCGCCCCGCCCAGCAGCCAGAUAACAACAGGAAUAGCGCCACAUGGAGCGCGCCACGUGCCACGCGCCAGUUCCGUCGAGGAGUUCUCGGCGGGCGGCAGCAAUGAGAUUACCUCCUCGACAUCGCCGGUGCCAAUGUUGCCCACGACGACAACCACGCCCACGCCAACGUUGACGCCGACGCCAAGUGCCACGCCCACGCCGACAACGACGCCCACAAUGAUGACACCACCAACACCACCGCCACAGCACAACAACAGCAACAGCAACCAUAGCAACCACAGCAACAGCAACACACACAUCAUUGCCACCGUCAAUCAGCAUGCCAAGCUGCUGCCGACGAGUAGCAACCAUCACAGCAGUCACCACAGCAAUCACAGCGAACCGAGUCGCAUACGCAUCAACAAGAACCUGAUGAGUCAACAGCCCGCAACAGCAGCAGCCGCCGGAACAGGAGCAGCAGCCACUAGGGAUGUGUUGCAGCCACCUCAGAGUGGCGUCUACUACAAGACGCCUUCGUCCUCAGCUGGCUACUCGCCCACACAGUCUUCCGGUCUCAACCUGAGCACGCACUCCUCCAAUGUGGUCAGUUCACCACACGCCAAGCAACAACAGCAACCAUUGCACUUGCAACAGCAGCCAUUGCAACUGCAGCAGCAACCCAAUGGCAACGGGCAUGGCAAACCACAUCUGGGCAGCGAAUUUGAGUUGUCCACGGACACGGAUGACGACAGUCUCAAUGGGGAGCCGGACAGCAGCGCAAUGUUGCCGCCGUGGGAGUUGGCUGUGGAGGCGUUGCGCGACACUCGACCCAAGGAUCGGGAGCGUGUGCUGCAUCUGUUGCAGCGAUUGCUGCAGGAGAACCAACAGUAUCGCUACAACAAUGUGCAGCUGCGCGAACUCUUCCACAAGCAGGAGGCGCACAUUGUGGAGCUGCGCGAUCAGUUGCAACGUUGCCGGCGACAGCUGGAGGCGAUGGACAAGCUGCGAGUGGUGCCAUUGAAGCAGACACAGACUGUGCUGCGGCGGGAGAUGGAUGAGGAGGGGGAGGCGGAGGAAGAUGAGGAGGACGAAGAGGAGGAGGAGGAAAUGAUGUUGGCUGGCUCGCCGGAAGCGGAUAGCAAUGAGACGCUCACGCAGGAUCAGGCCAACAACAACAACAAUAAUCACAACAACCACAUCAACAAUAAUAAUAACAACAACAACAACAACAACAAUGGCGAGCUCAAGCCAAAUGGCUUGCGACGCAGUCCCACGCCUCUCAAGGAUGAGGAAGAGGAGGAGGACCAGCAGCAGGAGCAGGAGCAACAGCCACCGGCAAGCAAGCGUCUAAAGCUGCAACAGGACGAAGAAGCGGAGGAGGAGAAGCAGCAGCAGUUGAAUGGACACGCCAAGAGCCCGAGUCCAAGUGGCGUCAGUCGCUCCACCGAGGAGCAAAGCGAGGACGAAGAGGAGGAGGAGAUGGACGAUGAGUUGGACAUGGAUGAGGAGGAGCCAGAGGAGGAGCCAGAGGAGGAGCAGCAUGGAGAGCGAUCAGCGCAGGCGCCGCAUAGCCAAGCACUGGGAACGCCGCCCACAGCGACCACGCCCAUCUCGCCAGAUUCGGCAGCAACUGCCGGACAGUUGUUUGACAGCAGCAACAGCAGCGAUGCGUCAUCCAUGAAGAAGGCGCAGAUGUCCGCCUGCCAUGCACUGGCCAAGAUUGCCACCAGCAGCAGCAACAACAACAACAGUGAGGAGACGGAAGCGGAGGGCGAGGAGGAUGAAGAGGUGGAGGAGGAGGACGAUGAAGAGCAGCAGCAGCAACAGCAGAAGAAGCGACAGAGGCAGCGGCAAUCGGACGAUGAAUCCGACGAUGACGAGAUGCCGCUGCAGCAGCGACAACAGCAGCAGCAGCUGCAGCAACAACAACAACAACAGCAGCAGCGACGGCCGCGACGCGAGCCAACAGCAGCGACGCCGACAGAGACGCCGAAUUUGCCGACGCCAGUUUUAAUGGCGACAAAGGCGAGCAAGAAGCAGACGCCGCCAACGCCGACGUCAAUGCUGACAACAACUGUAACAGCAACAGCCACAGCAACCGCAGCAACAACAACAUUAUUACCAACAACAACAGCAACAGCAAUAAGCCCAACAACAACAACGAACUGCGAAUUACAAAUCAAAAAGGAGAUUGUCUAAGCACAAGCUAGCAGCCCACACACCCCUUCUCUCACCCCUUCCCCCAGCAUGUCCACACUCUUCUCACGCAGCCUGGAUCGCAUUGCAAUCAACAAACAGUUAGCCAAUAGAUCGUAUAGUCGUCUCUUUUACACACACGUACACACGUAUAUACGCAUGCAGGAAACUUGCUAGAAGUUUCGCUGCUUAGCUUUAAGUCUGGCCCUGACCUGCCUGCCUCCUGCCUCCUGCCCCCAAAGUCCCCUCUCUCUUCCCACAGCUAUUGUAUGCUCAACGCUUAACGCACAUUGAAAAUACCCUGUACAAUGACGGGGUAUACUUUUCGAAACUUUUCUACCAACAAUUUUAGCUUGUUUUGAUCUCACGUAUAACACAAAAUUUGUUAGGCUUCCAAAUCGCUGUUCUAUUUCUAUUUCUAUUUCUUAUCUAUACUUAUUUUCUGUAAUCCUUCAACUUUGCUGCAGAAAUUAUCAACAUUGAAACCAAAGCUUUAAAAACAAAAACAAACAAAAAAAAACAAACAAAAACAAAACAAAUGGAGUAUAAACAAAUUGAUUUUGUAUAUUUGAGAGACCACAAUUUAUGCGUGUGUUUGAAUUAUUAUUUUAUAAUUUACUCUAAUUCUUAAACUAAUUCUAAAGCUAAUUCUAAUGCUAAUUCUAAUGGCUAAUUCUAAUUAGUGAUUAUGUGUACAUUUUAAGAUAACAAAAAAAGGAACGGAAACUUUGAAGACAUUUAAAAGAGAUACUAACUCAAAGCGAGGCUUGCAAAAUUUUUAGCAAAUUAUUCAACAAAAAAAAAAAACAUAAGAAAACUUAUUUCAAUUUCUGUCUGAUUCGUGAAAAAGUCCGCACAGCGGUUAAGGGUUUUUUUUUCGGACCCAAUUGAUCCCAACUCCCAAAAACUUCCCCUCAAAUUUAAUUAGUACGUUUAAUGCUUAACUUGUAAUCGUAGCUAUUUUAUUUUAGUUUAAUUCUAACUCUAAGUUGGAAGCUAAAACAGAAAGAGAAGUAAAAGAAAGACCGUAGCGAGAGCGAAGAAGUGAAGAGGAGAGGAAAAUACACACACACAAAAUGAACCCACCACUGAGUAAAUAACAAGAUAAACAAGAUAAACGAUAAGAAAACGAAUUGCUAAAACAAAUCUAAGAAAACUUACACGUACUAUAAAUAUUUUACAACACUGAAAAGUUGCCGCGUUAAAUUGAACAAAUUUAUACAAUACAACUAAACAGAAAGCAAAAAACAAAACAAAAUUUAUACUUAUAUAUAUAUCUGCUAUAUAUACAAAUCGUACGAGCGAUUUUGAAGAAUUCUGCGCUCGUCUUUAAGCAUAUUUACAUAUGUACACGUACAUACAUAAAUACAAACAAACAAACAUAUAACGAUACAUUAAUAUUUAUUGUAGCUUCUAAUUGAACAAUUUAAUUAACUGUAGUUUUCUGUUUUCACAUGUAAGCUUUGCUUUUUGUAGGCAUUUAGUUAAAUAGUUUAUAAACAACAACACAACAAAAACAAAUGUCAUGGAAAUUGCAAAUAUUAAAAGGAAUGGAAGAAUGAAGAAGAAGAUGAUCUAGCUUGUAGAAAACAAAUAUAAGAACUUUGUCUUUGUACUAUAUGAAUGGCAAAUACUCGUAAUUGAAUUUUUGUAAAUAUCAUUUCUGUCGAUAAUUAUCGAUAUCGUAUACUCGUAUUUAUAUAUGUAUAUCUAGGUAUAUGUAUAUCGUAACGUACUUUUUCAUUUCGUUGCCAACAUUUUGUGAAUUAUAGAAUUAUAUUCUUUGGUAUACCUAAAGGAAUACAAAAUAAACUAAGAAUGGAGAAUAUGGUGAGCAGAUGACGAAAGAAUCGAUCGAUAGAUAGAAAACCCCCAAGCCAAGAGCCAAGCGAAAGCGCGCACAGAUUUCAAAAAUCUAUAAACUUUUGUUAAACAUAUUUCAUAAAUUAUUUAUGCCUGUGUGUUUUGUACUUUCUAAAAGAAACAGGGAAAUGUAAAUCCCAUUUCCUUUAUUCUCUUACGUGAUUUUCGAAAUUAGCAAACAACAAAAACAAACACCCCCAACUAAAAACCCAACUUCAAACCAAAAUUUAAUUAGCCCCUAAGAGUCGCCAGCGGAAAAUGUGUAAAAUUGUAUAAAUUACCAAUUAAAAAACAAAAAACCAAUAUGAAUUAAAUAUAUUAAAGCAUAUGUAUACAUACAUUUAAAGAUAAAACGAGUUACAUUGUGAGAAAUUAAGUAAAACAAAAACAAAAACAUAAACAAUUGUUAUUCAAAUUUAAAAAGUUAUAAAAAUUAUAUGCAACAGCAAACAAAAAACAACAACAAACAAACAAACAAACAAAAAAAAAGAGUAAAUUACAAAUUGCUAUGCAAAAGUAAAUAAAAAUAAAAAUAUUUAAAACAA